GGUCACAACGCAACUCAUAUUUCCCCCACAAUCCCUUUCGGCACAGUGGGCGCUGAUAAUUUAUUUAGAUUCGACGUCUGAGCGGAGGCAAUCUUCCUAUAAUUUGGAUCGCUAGGCUAACUGUCGAGAAGAUGAUGUGCAAUAGCACGAGUCGAAGUUUCCGCACGCAGUUAGCGGCAAUCUGGGAAAAGCUAACUAAAGCGGCGUUUGUGGAAAUAAGCAACCUCGCCGAUGAGUGUUCCGCUGUCCUUCACACCGAGAUAUCUCUGCACAAGACUGAAAAUGAGGCGCUGAAGAAGAGGUGCUACUCACUGGAGGUCCAGCUGAGAGCGGCUAAAGAGGCACACACCUACCCCCUGCAUGGCAACAGUAUGGCCCCCCGGCAUCCCGCAGAUCAGCCACACCAGUCUCCGGAGAUUGAGGGAGUGUUUGGAAAGGACUGGUGCAUGGACCUAUGGAGAGAGGAUAAAGCCUUACCUCGGGAAAAAGGGACUGUUGAUGCUGCUGCUAUGACAAGUCUUCAGGCACAGACUAUAGAUUUGAUUGAUAGAGACCCAGAGCUUAUAUUUGUCAAAGAGGAGAGCUACGAUGAUCACCCCAUUGGACAUCAUAUGCCACUACCAGAAACACGAACUGGUGCUGGGAUUUUUGAAAACAACAUGCUUCAUCGGUCUGUUGAGCAGCAGCUCCAAAAUGAGCUCAACAACUUCCAGUUCAUGACUGAAAGUCACAAUACAAGCCAGCAAUGCACUCAGCCAGCUCUGACCACAGAAAACCUCAUAGAAGAAGCUACAAUGAACAAUCUAGUUUCCACCGCUAAUGUUCCCACAGUAUCUGCUUACACACACAACAUAGACAUGAAUACAGCCAAAGAUGAGACCUUUCAGCCAAAAGCCAUCAAACCCAACAAACGAUUUGAGUGUUUGUUUUGUGGCCGAAUAUUUAAUUAUUUGAGCAGUUUAAAAGUUCAUAUUAGAAGGCACUCAGGUGAAAAACCAUUUAACUGUACAGUGUGUGGGAAACGUUUUGCUCAGAAAACAUACCUUAAGCUGCACCAGCGCGUGCACUCAGGUGAGAGACCAUACAGCUGUCCAGACUGUGGCAAAAGUUUCUCUCAGAAAAGUUCUCUGAACAUCCAUCUACGCACCCACACAGGGGAGAGGCCGUACAGCUGUGUGGACUGUGGGAAAAGUUAUGCUUAUAAGUAUGGGCUCAAUCACCAUCAGUGUAUUCACUGACCCCAUAAAGCUUAUGGUCUCACUGUUAAACCAGGUAAACCCAGAGCUCACCUCAGAAACGCACUGCGUAGAUAUUACAUUUACAUUCAAAUAUGUACAAAAUGAGAUUGAAAGCCAAAUGAAAUGUUUACUACACCAGGCCAUACAUUUGGCUUGAGUUGAAGGCAUGCAGGACAGACCAAAAUGACACUUUCACUGUAAUAACCUCAUAACCUCAUUAAUGCCGUUCAUAGUAUGCCUUUAAUAGGUAUGUACUGUAUUUUAUCUUUAAAAUAUUUUGGACAGAUACUCCAUUUGCACAGAUUUAGCAUAAACUACCUCCAACAUCACAACUUACAAUUCAUACCUCAUUCUAAAAUGCAACAGAGCAGAAAGUAGCAGCACGUCAGUGAAAAAAAUCAUACUGACAAAUUUUAUUCACGUUUUUGUUCAAAGCAACCAAGCAGAGUUUUAGCAUGUGCAAACAAGCCAUGCAUAUAUUUUUGUAAUUUUUUUGGUAUGUGUUUAUUUCUUUACAUUUCAGUUCAAUUGCUAAUAAUACUGUGUUCAUGUUUCUAUAAUGCCAUUUCCUAAAAGAUUAAUUUAAGUCUUUCCACACUGAUGUGUAGAUGGCAGGAUUGGCCCUUUUCCUGCAUGCUAACCACAAAUUGAAAUUUGUGUGUUCUCCACCGUACGCUCCCCUUUACAAUAAACAAAUAAACAAUCUAAGGUUCAUUGAUAUAUAAAUGGUUUAUUUGGUUAUGUUUUAUAUGUACACAAGAUGCAACACGACAAUAAAAACUCACAAAUGACAGGACAUUUUGCUACAUGGUUAUUUGUAGUAUUU